GCUUCGAACCUCAGUGCAGAAUUUCAGAAUAUUGACAUGGAUUCUAAUUCCAAUCAGGUUGUAGCUCAAGAUCCUAGCCCAGCCCAGACCUCCAACCAGGCUGCAAAUGGAGAUGGCAGCCACACUGUCAUCACAGGCAUGGAUGCGAAAGUGUACAAGGCGGCAGCAAGGGGGAACAUUGAAGUCCUCGAAAAAAUUUCAGAUCAUGACUUACUAGUCCAUUUAACCCCAAAGCAUAACACAAUACUCCACAUCGCCGCCCAGUUCGGUCAACUGGAGUGUGUGAAUUUGAUCCUUAGCUUGCCUUCAUCUCCAACUCUACUGCAACGCCCUAAUCUGAAAGGGGACAUUCCGCUUCACCUUGCAGCAAGGGAAGGGCAUUUUGAGGUUGUGAAAGCUCUUUUAGACGCUGCCAAAAAACAUCCUACAGAUAUUGAAACUGGGCUUGAAGCAGAUAAGUUGAUGUUGAGGAUGACAAAUAAGGAGAAAGACACAGCCUUGCAUGAGGCAGUGCGUGACCAAUAUUUUCGCAUGGUGAAGUUAUUGAUUGAGAAAGACCCUGAGUAUACUUAUGGUGCUAAUGUUUCUGGUGGGACUCCUCUUUACAUGGCUGCUGAGAGAGGAUUAACAGAAAUCGUGCAAAUUAUCCUAGAAGAAAGUCACAAAACCCGCACUUCACCAGCCUACAGUGGCUUCAUGGGUAGAACGGCCUUGCAUGCUGCUGUACUCUGCAAUGACGAAGAAAUGACCGAGGCGAUAUUGGAAUGGAAUCCAGAUCUAACUAAGGAAGUGGAUGAGAAAGGGUGGUCUCCACUUCAUUGUGCUGCAGAGAGAAAUUGUAAUCCAACAAUUGUGAGGCAACUGCUAGAGAAAUCAGAUAAGAGUGUAGCCUAUCUUGGGAUCAAAGAUGGUAACAAGACUGCCCUUCAUAUUGCAUCUUUCCACCAUCAUAAAAACAUAAUAGAGGAGCUCCUAUCUCACUAUCCAGAUUGUUGCGAGCAAGUCGAUAACGACGGCCAUAAUGUUUUUCACUUUUCCAUGAUGAAAAACGGAGACCAUGAUUAUAAGCCUAGUCAUUACUUUGAAAAUGAAUGGUUAAGAGGCAAAGGACUUGAAAAUGAGAAAGAUGGUCAAGGAAACACACCCAUCCACUUGCUCUCUUCUUAUCAAAUUUCAGAUUAUCAGUUCGUAUUCAAAUGGAAUGUGGAUCAGAAGGCGUAUAAUAACGAAAACUUGACAGCUUACGACAUAAUUAUGAGGGCCAAGAAGGACAUUUCCAAGAAAAAGGAUAUGAUCCAAGGUGCCUUCGAGAUGGUUAUGCCUGAAACUAAAUCUUCGUUUUGGGAGACAGAAACUAAGAAAUGGGAGAAAUACUUGACAGUUUACGAAGGGAUCGAGGAGGACAUUUUUGGGGAAAAUUUUCAGGAAAUAAUUACGAAAUUGAAGAAAGAAAAUGAAAGCAAAGAGGAUAAGGAGAAACAUACCUCUGCAUUACAAAAACAAGGUGAAACCCAUUUGAUAGUUUCUGCGCUUAUAACAACAGUAACUUUUGCUGCGGGUUUCACUUUGCCCGGUGGUUACGAUGGUGAUGAUGGCAAGGCAAUUUUAUCAAAGAAAGCAGCUUUCGGAGCGUUUGUUGUGACGGAUACCAUAGCCAUGCUCUCCUCACUAUGCGCUGUAUUUCUUCACUUUUUUAUGACCAUGCGUAAUGGGGAGGAGUUCCUUGCAAAGCACUUGGUUUGGGCCUUUAUUUUGACCAUGAUUGGCAUGGGAGCAAUGGCCAUCGCUUUCGCAACCGGCUUGUACGCUGUUUUACCACAUUCCUCUGCCCUUUCAUUCCUCACUUGCAUCCUCUGCUCUUGCUUUUUCCUCUCCUUUAUAUUGGAAUAUUUUCAAAAUUGGAGAGGUAUGAUUUCGGGCAUGGUUAGAAGAAUCCACUCAUGGCUCAAAAAAAAAACAGUCUCUCUAUAACCCCUCGGCUCUCAGAAAUUGUUUUCGCGUGUUUGUUGGUCUGUUUGACUUUGACAAGAAAAUGUGUAGAUGUGUAGAUGAGGGCUCUCGGAUAUUUGGAUGAGCUCUUUUCUGAGAGGGGAAAGAACCUGCUCUAAGCUUAUUCAUAUUGAAAAAGAAGAGUCCCCAGCAAGGAAAGUUAAACAAUGCCCUAUCGUCUUUUAUUUUUACAUCGAAUUUGUUUUGGAAUUGGAACUAUAUUUGUAGAUGUACGUAGAGUAUUGAAGUCCUGGCUUGUCUGAGCUGAAAGUCAAUGGAUACAGCUGUGAUUAUAUAUGAAUAAGAUUAAUAAUUAUUGUAAAUU